UCGAGUCCCCUGGCUCUUUCGCGGCUACGCUUAAUAUUUUUUUUAGAAACUCGUCUCUGCUCAUUGCUUCCUGAUCAGUAAUGGCUGCGGGAGAGGAAAAUCCAAACCCGAAGCCCGAUCCAACCUCCAUGGAUGACACCUCUGCUCUCCUUUCUUCUUAUCUUGGUCUCAGUUUUGCCGUUUUUUUAGGGUUUAUCCCGCGCUUCUCGCUUUCACACGUAGCCUCCCUGCAAUCCCGCAAUCGCAUCCUCUCUCUAAAGCUCUUCCACGCCGAAGAGCAGCUCGACCAGAUGAGCUCCCGCCGCAAGGAGGAUUCAAAGGCCAAUGCCCGGGUCGUCGAAAUCUUCGCAAGCCACCGUCAUGCUUGGCAACAGGAGGAGAAGCGCUUCCUCCACCGUAUCGAAGCCGCGGCUGAUGAGAUAGCGGCGCUCCGGUCGCGGAUCAGUGAGAUGGAGCGUACCGAGGCUGACCUUCGUUGCUCCGUUGAGAGACUCAGAGGGGAGGUGGCGGAGAGGGAUGAGAUGCUCGAUUUGAUGUCAAGGAGAGAGUCGGUGGCGGGGGUGGAGCGGGAAGCUGAGUUAUGGAAAAAUGAGGCGGAGGAAGUGUUGGACGCGGAGGAUGAAGUGGAGGGUGGUUAUUGCUGUGGUUACGAGCGAAUGGGAACGAUUAGGGUUCCGAAGGAGAUGGAACCUGUGCCGGAGUCCUGUUUUGUUGAGGAGAGCGUUGAUCUGGAUGAUAUGGCGAUGAUGUACUGCCGGGGGAACAGAUUCAGGCCGAGUUUCUCACCGGCGUCAGCAUCUUCCAAGCUAUGGACGGAGGGCCCAAACGCGGAAUGGCAGGAUCUCCAGUUUGAUUCCCAUGAAUCAACGUACUAUGGGAAGCAUCACGUAGCAAGGAGGGAGUAUCCAUGGAAGGUAAACAAUGAUGCUGCAGGAGUAUCCUCCAAGCUAAAAUUACUAGAGCAAGAGUUGAGUAAUUUGGAGAAGGUAGACAAAGUGGAGCUGACAAAGGUCCCCUUGCUCUUGAGAAAGCUGUGGAAGCGGUACCAAUCUCUAGCCGGAAAGAUUGAUGAUUUAUGUAGGAGAAUGCAACUCACUGAUGUCUGUGAACCAAGCCUGAGCCCGGAUUUUCGAACUCAGAAGCAAACUGUUUAUCUUGUUGAAGCAUCCGCACUCCAGCAUCGAGCAAAAGAGAUGAGGCAGAAGCUAAACGCUCUUCACGCAGAGACAGCCAAGACUUAUCUUGGAGAUGAGCUUACUGGCCAGGCCAAGCUUGCUAUGAGGAGAUCACUGGAUUCCAUUAGGAACAGCUUCAAGGAGAUGCAGAGGAACCUUGAGAUCUGGUUGGCGAGGAUCAUGGGUGACCUAGAGGGCAUUCUCGCUAGAGAUGGUGACUCACGUGUAAGGGAUUACUAUAUCUCCGGUACCCUUUUGUCAGAUAACAGUAAUCUUUUUGCUAAAUAAUCUUAUAAUUAUACAGUUUUCAUUUGCGAAUUAUGAUUCACACA